CACCUCCUCGCGGGCUUCUGCUGGUCUCCAGGAACGCGGUAACCUCGCGGCGCUAGGACCCCGCGUCCCGGCGCGCUCCGGAGGUGUCCGCGCUCCCUCGUGCCGGGGCAGCGCACCUACUCCGACAGACUCAUGAUCAAUUAUUUGUAUGCAAGUGUCCAUCCGGAGGGUCAGUCUGGAGAUGGCUGCGAAUCGGGUGGGGAGGCGUUAUAACAAUAAGAUCCACUCACCGAACCGCGGUACCAGCCGGGAAGCUGGGCUGAGCGUGCAGAAGAGACAAGCACGAGUCACCGUCAAAUACAACAGAAAGGAGCUCCAGAGGCGCCUGGAUGUGGAAAAGUGGAUAGACUGCGGACUUGACGAGUUGUAUUUGGGAAGGGAAGAGGAUAUGCCAGAGGAAGUGAACAUUGAUGAGCUACUAGAUCUACAGAAUGAUGAAGAAAGGACGCAGAAGCUUAAGGACAUCCUUCACACCUGCAGUAACAACACAGAAGUCUUCAUCACAGAACUGGUGAAUAAACUUCACGGUUUGCAGAAACAAGAAGAUCUCCACAACAAUGGGAUCGAGCAUCCCCAGCUUCACAUCUUCCCCGAUCGCCAGGGCUCUCCCGACUCUGAGAGACACUGAGCAUCUGCUCAAACAUCUACAGCUCCUCGGUCUUCUGCAUCAAAACCACUUUAUAUCACAUGCCGCUGUCUUCGUUUUUUUAGAGUAAUAAAACAAAAAAGGAAAAACCCUAUUCACAUAUUUAUGUAAAAAUCUCACCUAAAGCUCGGAGUAAAACCCUGAGCGACUGACCACUGCAUGGACCUGUGACAAGUUGUCUUUUAUCAUUUUGAAAUUUUUAAACGAUUAUAAACGAGAGUCUUGUUUGUUACAACAGAAGUACUUUCAUGCAAUGAACGUGUCAUUUAAACAAUUAUUUCUACCUGAUCUCAAUUGCUUUCAUCGGUUUAAGAAUUACAAGUUAAUAGUAAUUAUUUAAUAUUUAGUGCAUUUUAUGCCAUCUGAGAAAACAAUUUGUACAUUGUGUAGCAGCCAAAAUGGUUUUCCUUAGAAAUACUGACCCAUGUCAAGGAUUUUUCUCGUUAAAUAUUUCUUGGUUUUUUAGAUUAGGCUGAACCCAUGAGUUUUUGCAAAUGGACCAAAGAUUUUUGGCAAAGUGCUUUUUGGAUUUUAAAUCAAAUAGAGUAAUUCCCUCUUGUGUUGUCUGUGGUUAGAUUUUGUAGGAUUAAAUUAUUUUUCAGAAAGUCUUGAAUAUCAGUGCUGAAUUUAAUAUGCUUCAUUAAAACUGACAGCUUAAGCUUUUUCCCAGUAGAAACGAAGGUUGGUUUGUAACAAAAUCAUGAGGUAUUGUUAAUAUGUUUGCUGCUACUAUAUGAAUUACUCAUAAUUCAUAGUUUGAAGAAAUUCUUGAGUAGAUUCUCUUCUAGCUCUGUAUUUUAGUUUGUAUAUUGCUCCAUUUGUUUGUACAGUGGCAGACUGCCGGAAAUCUUUCUUACUUUGUACUGUUUUUUUCGUUUUACUUGCUUGUUUCACUUGUUCGUUUUAUUUUAUAUUUAAAAUUAUAUGAAACUGAACAAAAUAAUAACGGGCUAUUUGUCUUUCGGUAUGCUUUCAUUUUAAAUGAAACAAAACUCUCAAGCUAAUGAACGCAGAAAUAAAUAACUCUGUAUACAGCCCGUUAUAUCUUUGUGAAAUAAAAAAUAAUUAAAUGAA